UCUUCGGGCAAUAUUACAUAUUUUUAGAUAUUGGGUCUCCCAUUUAAUUCUUAAGUGUAACUGUUACAUCAUAAUUUCUGGUCCACAAAUCAGUCGAUGACAUGAAAUAAAUGACAUGAAAUUCAUGUCAUUAUUUGUACAGUUGAUGACUUCAUGUCAUUCUUGUUGGAUUCUAUGUCAUUAUGCAUGUUACACAAUAAGUUUUGGUAUAACAUGUUACACUCGAGAUGCACUAUUGUGUUUUUGGUUUAAAUAUGGUCUCUUUCACAAGAAUUGAUCACUUUGGCUUUGCGUAAGUAUCACUUGUGUUAUUCUAGUGCAGGUUUUUUUUUAAAAGAUGAAGAUAAUUGAUAAUUACAGUUAAAUUUAGAAUAAUUGGGCUACCUUUUGAAGCUAGAAAGGGAGGAGCUAACUUUUUGAUUUGCUCCCAUCAAAAAAAAAAAAAAAAAAUUGUUGAUUUGCUUUAGUUGAUGAACUUCUCCGUUGGAUAUGUCGGCUUACAAGUCACAGGUCAUUGGUGGUCAAAGAGAAAAGUUCGUAAGGUUAAACAAAAUGGAUUCGUUCUCCGCUGCCACCCCUGCAACAAAGAAGUUCACAUUCAACAUAAAUACAAUAAAACGUACAGUUUAUGGAGCUCAGAAUCCAGCAAAGUCUUUUCACAUAGGAAUGAUGGGAUCCCAAGGCCUUAAAACAAUUGGUAAAUUAAAGUCAGGUGUUACUCGAGCUGUAUUCCCAGAAGAUCUUAAAGUUUCUGACAGAAAAGUAUUUGAUCCUCAAGAUAAAUCUCUUCUUCUUUGGAAUAGACUCUUUGUUAUAUCUUGCAUUAUUGCAGUUUCUAUAGAUCCUUUGUUCUUUUAUCUUCCUAUCGUCGAACAUCACAAAGAUUGCCUAGGAAUGGAUUAUGGAUUAGCUAUUACAACAACGAGUUUGCGUACCAUGGUUGAUGCUUUCUAUCUUAUUCAUAUGGCUUUCCAAUUUCGUACUGCGUAUAUUGCACCAUCUUCUCGAGUGUUUGGACGAGGGGAACUUGUGAUUGAUACGGGAGAGAUUGCUAAACGUUACUUACUGCGUUAUUUUAUCAUUGAUCUUUUAGCUGUUCUGCCUUUACCACAGAUUGUGGUGCUGAAAUACCUUGUCAAAGCACGAGGCAAAGGUAUAAUGGAAACAAAGAAGUGGUUGCAAAUAAUUGUGUUUGCUCAAUACAUUUUUAGAUUUGCCAGGUUUUAUCCCCUAACGUCUGACCUGAAAAAGACUGCCGGUGUCUUUGCCGAAAGUGCUUGGCUUGGAGCUGCAUAUUACUUGUUGUGGUACUUGCUUUCUAGUCAUAUUGCUGGAGCACUAUGGUACUUAUUUGCUGUGGAACGUAUCGACACAUGCUGGCGAAAUGCAUGUCGAAGUCAAGGUGAUAAAUGUAAAGAAGAUUUCUUGUAUUGUGGAAAUCAUGAUUUGGAAUCUUAUGAAACAUGGAGAAAUAUUAGCGUGGAAGUUCUUGGUAAGGUGUGUUCAGUAGACGAAGAAGUUUCUUCAUUCAACUUUGGAAUAUAUACACAAGCACAAUCUUCUAAAAUUGUUGAAUCUCAAACUUUCGUCAACAAAUUCUGCUACUGCCUUUGGUGGGGUUUACAAAAUCUAAGUACACUAGGUCAAGGGCUACAGACUAGUACUUACCCUGGAGAGAUCAUCUUUUCCAUAUGCCUCGCUAUAUCUGGUCUUAUUCUUUUCGCGCUUCUAAUCGGAAACAUGCAGACGUAUCUUCAAUCUCUGACUGUUAGGCUCGAGGAAAUGAGAAUAAAGAGGCGUGAUUCAGAGCAAUGGAUGCAUCAUCGUUUACUUCCACAAGUUCUUAGGGAGCGAGUUAGGCGAUAUAACCAAUACAAGUGGUUGGAAACACGAGGAGUAGAUGAAGAGGGCUUGGUCCAAAGUCUACCUAAAGACCUUAGGAGGGACAUCAAACGCCAUCUUUGUUUAAAUCUAGUCAGAAGAGUCCCCCUAUUUGCGAAUAUGGAUGAGCGGUUGCUUGAUGCCAUAUGUGAGCGACUGAAGCCUAGCUUAUACACCGAGCAAACCUUCAUCGUUCGAGAAGGGGACCCCGUGGAUGAAAUGAUCUUCAUUAUAAGGGGACACCUAGAGAGUGUCACUACUGAUGGAGGGAGAAGUGGGUUUUACAACCGAGGGUUAUUGAAGGAAGGAGACUUUUGUGGUGAAGAGCUUUUAACAUGGGCUUUAGACCCAAAAUCAGCCAUUAACUUGCCUUUAUCAACAAGAACAGUAAAAGCAUUAACAGAAGUAGAGGCCUUUGCUCUUAGAGCAGAAGAGUUGAAAUUCGUUGCUGGUCAAUUUAGAAGACUUCACAGUAAACAAGUGCAGCAUACUUUUCGUUUUUACUCUCAGCAAUGGAGGACUUGGGCAGCUUGCUUUAUCCAAGCUGCUUGGAGACGCCACAUGAGGAGGAAAAUAGCUGAGCUUCGACGUUUAGAAGAAGGCGAAGAAGAAGAAGAUUUUGAUGAUGAUUCCUCAGGAGAGAUUAGGAGAUUGAUUAGGCCGCGUCAUGCCAGUUCUGAUGGUGGUGGCUCUAGUCUUGCUACUACUAUGUAUGUCUCCAGGUUCGCUAGGAAGGCUCUUCGUGGGGUCUAUAGACUUCGGAGUGGAUCUAGCACCACCGGGUUGUCGCUGCAGAAGCCUCCGGAACCCGACUUUUCCCACAUUGAUUGAGGGCUGUGGUCAUAUGGACAUGGACUCAUGGGUUUUUAGCUAGUUAGAAGUAAAAACAAUGGGAGAAUCUUUUGAUUGGAUUAUUGUUGUUGUUGUUGUUGUUGUAUAGUUUAGUUCUUUUUAGCCUAGGAAACGAUCUUGGGGGAAAAGGUUUAGUGACAGACUUGUGCUAGUUGGGAUUGAUCACAUUGGGUUAAAAUGUACAUAGUGAAAGGUUGGAGAUAAUUGCCCAAGAAAAUGCCGUCAGUUUCAAAGGCAAUCAAAGAAAGAACUUGAGACAAUAUAAAAUUAUGAAGUUUGAAUUCGAUGAUAGUGUACGUGAAACU